GUAGAUGGGCUAUGAGUGAGUUUAACACGCGCACGCGGUCACUUCUCUCCUCAGUACGGAAUUCUGCAGUGCGCUUCUCUUCCUUACACGCAUCAUGGAUGUGAAAGUGAUCUUAGUGGCAGUUCUGGUAACAGUGACUAUCUACGGAUCUGUUUCAGACGCCAAACCUAUCAGCCUGGUCGAAAGGUGUUGGUGCCGUUCUACAGUUACCAUGGUCCCACAGAGGAACAUCCGUGAGCUGAAGUUCGUCCACACACCCAACUGUCCCUUCCAAGUCAUUGCCAAACUGAAGAGCAAUAAAGAGGUGUGCCUCAAUCCUGAGACAAAAUGGCUACAGCAGUACAUUGAGAAAGCCCUUGAAAAAAUGAAGAAGGCCAAAAUGCAGGGCCACUAAGGAAGCAGCUGGAUGGCAAGCCCGUUUGUGAGCCACCACCACAGAUAUGUACCUGUACCAUAUACUGCUCUGGCAUGCUUGCUGAACCAGCACUUAACCUGCAAACCUUGCUUCACUCUCAAUGAUUCGCCUCACCAUCAUCACCACCUCUGCCGCCGCUAUAGGCACCUCCUGUGUUAGCACAAUGUGCAAUUAUAUAUAUAUGUAUGAGUGUGUUUUUAUACGUAUGAGAUGUAUAUACAAUGUUUUUUAUAUCGACUUUAAACAGUAAAGAGAUAUUUUUGGAGUUGCGUUUGCUCCUUGCCUGUUUGUUACAGCGUUAGGUAGCACUGAAUGUAGUACUGAUGAUUUUGGAGCAAACAUCCCUAAACUUUUCAAACUCAUUAUUCUUCCACUAUAACACUUAAGAGGAAAAUUACAGUGGGAAUCACACACUGGUGCAGAGCUGAACUCCAGUGGUUGCAUGCCUGACAGGAGAACAAAUAGGAAGGGAGUUGACUUUCUCCACCCAUUUAAUAAUCAUAUUUAAUUAACCCAUAUCGUAAAAAAAAUGUAACAAUGCAUAUUGCAUGUGAAUGUAAUAUUAUAUGUAUAUAUACACGAAAAGAGAAAAGUUGCUUGUGUUUUUGUUCUCUGACUAACAGGGUGUUAUUUUAUACAAAAGUAAACCAAAAGACCUUGACCUUAGAUCAAGUGAAGCAGUUUGAAUUCCUUCAUGGAACAUACUCCCCUAGAUGUAGUUUGUGAGGCAAAAAAUGAAAAGGAAUGCUCUUUUUUCCUAAUUUUAAUCAUUGUGUAAGCAAAGAAACAUCUGGAGUCACCAGCCAAUGUGGAAGGCAUAAAACGUAAAACAGAUUCACAUCCAAGCAGAAUCAGAGAAAUAACCAGAAUAAUUUAAUUAAAGCCACAUUAAAUUACAAACAGUAUCAUAAUAAUCAGUCAUCACAGAACCACGCAUAAGAAAAAUUUUGUGCAGCUUUAUCUUGCAAUUGCGGCUUUUAUCUCACACAUGCGAGUUAAUGUCAUGCAAAUAUUCAGCACAGCAACCAUUUUUCCUUUUUCAUCUCUUGACAACAAAUCAUUUUCACUCAGUGCCAAGCACUUGUCUCUCAUACAAUGAAUUUAGUUAAUAUCAUGCAUAUGAGCAUAUAUUUCAUAAUUUUAAGAUAAUACACAACUCUCAAUUGCAAUGUUUUAUUCUCUCAUCACUCCAGGAGAAUGUCUUAAGAUGAACAGCAUAUUGUGCCUGUGUUGUUGGUGUGGCUUGGUUAGGGGAAGGGAGAUGGUGUGAUUAGCAGAAACUCAUAACUGUGAGAUAUUAACUUGCAAUUGCAGGAUAAAAAGUCUCAAAUGUGUUAUCUCUCAACUGUGAAAAAUUUGCAAUUUUGUAUUAUUAACUCGCAGUUAACGAGAUAAAUCAAUAUAUUUUCUCAUAUGGCAGGUAAACAAGCUUCCAUAGAAAUUAUAUUAACUUGCUAACUAGAUUAGUAUAUUGAUAGAGUACUGAAAAAGUGGUAAAAUUACUGAAAAAAUACUUAAUAUCUAUCAUUAUUGGUAUCUACAGGCACUUUAUUUACUUUGUCGUAAUCUAAUAAGAAGAACACCAACCACAGCAAAUAGUUAACUUUUCUGUGGUUAAGUAGAAACCAUCAAUUUUACACAGCUAUUCCAAAUAGAAAAAUAUUAUUUCAGUGUCACGUCAGUAUGAAUAGCUUUUCUGGCUAUUAGAAAAGUGCACUGUAAAACUAGCCCAUUUUUCUGCCAGACACCUCUCACGAAAAUUAGUGCAUGAAAUUUGUCUGUAACAUGACUGCCAACUUGAUCCUGUCAAGCGAUUUAAAGCAGCCGUGAAAUCAGCCAGGCCAUGUUUUACACUGGCAGCCUGCAGGCACACAGGCCAGGAAACAUAAUGCCCAAUCAGCAUUGGAGAGGAAGGCUGCAGGCAAUGUUGUGGGGGUUAGGUCACCAGUUACACUCCAUUUCUUACAGUGACAUGAAAAAAAAUGCCAAAAUCGAACAGAACCUAAUGAUUAAUGAUGAUUAAUUACUAAUUUGUACCCCUGUUUUUUUCGUACUAGCUAAGAGCAUAUGUAUUGAGAAAAUACAUAUGUUUAUACAAGAGAAGCAGUGAGCUUGAUAACUUGCUGAUUAGAUCAAUUAGUGGGCAUUAACAAUACAUUUCUGUAGUGUCAGUGAACUGCAUGAACUAUGCAACAAUGAAUUCAGGAGAAAUUUCACUUGAAUGAAGCAACACUGAGCGGUUAUAUACUGGAAGUAUAGAGGACGAAGUCAGUAAAUUCAGCUUACCCAACUAAAAAUAAAUAGAAAUAAGAAAAUAGAAUAAGAUGAUUUAAGGGGAGUGCAAUUAAAUGAUAAUAAAUGUUGAGAGCACAUUUGAAUACUUUUUUACCAUCCUAACUUUAAUGGGCAUUUUUUGUUAAUAAAAGAAUACACUACUCCCUUCCCAUGGCACUUCCUGCAAAGUCUAAACAGAUGAGAUGAGUGUGUUUAUCCAUCACUUAAAAAAAAUAAGGUGCUACCAUCAUCAAAAUGUGAUCGAGUCCGUUGAUAAUUUGUACAUGUUCCCCUCAUAACUCCCAAAUAAUGUGAAGGACAUUACUUAGAUGGCAGCUUAUUCUAUGAUGUAUUUUGUAUCUGUACCCAUGUUUCAUUUCAUUUAUAAACUGGUUCUUUUCUAAAUAAAUCAACUUGGAUUUAUGAA